UACGGAAGUUAUAGUCCUCAAGAGGCCUAAUGGCCACAAUGUCUAAUUAAUCCGGUUGCUCUCGGUGAAAGAUGAAAAGACUGUAUAGUGUAAACAUCAAUUUGCCAAAUCUGAGCCGCUUUAUGGCUCGUUAUUGAUUGCUAUAGCGACCGAGUGUUCAGCCAAUAGAAUACCAACCUGUGUCUGCUGGUGUUUAAUGAGUGAUAUGAGCAGGACGACUUAAGUCCUAAGUUUAAGAGUGUGAACGAGGCUAACAACGACCCACUUAUCCACCAUGGCGAUCAUCAUGACUCUCCUUGUUUUGAUUUUCUCACUGCGAGCCUCUUCGCAACAGGUGGCGUCAACAAAGGUAGAGCUAUCGGACACCGAUCCAGAUUUCUUUCUCCUUGGCUGCUACGAUGCAAGCGCAAAUGAAGGGAAUGUGAUACCACAGAAUUCUACAAAUGAACGGGAAUGCAUGAGAGCAUGCGCAAAUGCAAAGCAACCGCUGACUUUAAUGUUUAAUGGCUCAGAAUGCACAUGCGGGAACUGGGACAUAUGGACAAAAAUAAAUAACUCGCUGUGUUCUCAGACAAUAACAAAUAGUAAAAAAAUCUACAAAGUAUACAACUUUACAACGUUCGUUGAAACAUUAAUGUCAGUCAAAUUUCUACUUGCGUUGCCUAGCAACGAGACUCUCUUCUCAUUUAACUUUGGAGAUGGCAGUAAAAAUACCACUUGGGUUGGUACACCUGUGGCGGAACAUGUAUUCGAAGAGACUGGAACAUUCAAAGUAUGUGUCCAAUCAAAGACCAAUGAAUCGAUAGCCAGCCAUUGCCGUGAAAUUGUUGCCAUAGAAACGAUAGUCUCUGCUGUCACGUGCUCACCUGCUCAAGCUGUGAAAAAACCAGUCAAAUGCAACAUUGAUAUUAACCAAGGUUCAGACAUCAAAGCUAGCUUGCACAUGACGUCAUUGUACGAGUCAAUGUGGAACCAAUCAAUUUCGUUUCCAGUUUCAGUUUUUUGCUGUUUAGAUGCGAAGAAGGUCGUCGUAGGAAAGAUAUCUGCAUCCUGUUAUCCAUCACCUACUAACUCGUCAAUGCGCAUGACAACCUAUGUGAUGCCGCUGCGGUUCAGCGUGCCUACGCAUCUGCAGGCCUGGCAGAUAGUUGCCACCAAGAAUUGUCGAGCAAAACUGCAGAUUUUUCGCCCAACAUAUGACUUUUGUAGAAGUAACUGCACCAGAAGUAAACAAUGCUUCCCUUUGUCACGUGACUCGGCCAAGGGCUCUCCGUGUGACUCGGUAUGUCUCCAUUCAACGCACUGUCACCGUAACACGUCUAUGGCUUGUUCAAAAGGAUGGCAAACUUAUAACAGAGUUUUCGCAAGAUAUGUGGCUGUUUCAAUUGGAAGCAACAUUAUAUCUGUCAAGAAUGGACUGGUACAACCUUUUGUUAUCAAACAUGGCGACGUUGUUGCUUUGUCAACUGAUAAAAGUGAUUGUUUAGAAGUGAACAUUUCCACCGAAGCCUCCGAUAAAGUUCUUGUGUUCCCUGGUGGCGAUCUUACUGCAUUAGACCUAAACGCCAAUCAUACUGAGACGAGUGCGUCAUUUUCCAUAAGGCUUAUUGGUGAAGAAUUGCGGAAAAUGUUCCUAACGUUUCGUCACAUAAUAGUUGAUCAGCUUUUGCUGAAAAUGGAGCUUAUGAACCAAAUCACAGCAAACAGCGCACUUCCCAUACCAAUAGCGAUACAAGCACCAGCCACAACACUAUCUUAUUUUAAUUUCAAUGAAUUUGAGCCUUAUCAAGAAUCGAAAAUUUUGAUGGUAUCUGUUUCUAACGGAACAAAUCUGACGUGUGUUUGGACAUUACCGAAUAAGGAAGUCGUCAUAACCCCAUACAAUGACUCAGCGAGCGAUGGUAUUCUGACUUCACUCAAUGUGACCUUUGACAUCAAGGGAUCAUUCUUGGUGAAAGUUCGCGUUUUCAAUCUCGUAUCGCAAAGAUUACUUAAGCACGAGGUCACGGUACGAACACGCGUGACAGGUGUUCAAGCAUUCCUGUGUCACGCAACAUUCGCAUACCUUCAAGCUGUUACAUGUUACAAUACAAGCUUCGUUAAGGGUGAACAUAUGAACUAUUACUGGAAUUUCGCUAACCCAAGGAAUAUUGUCUCAACUAAGGAAACGAUAGCAGAACACACUUACAACAAGACGGGCAAUUCGACUGUUAUGUUGUAUGCAGGAAAUAGAGCGACCUUCGAAAUGGUGAAUAUUUCCACUAAAGUGAUUCCCAACCCAUUGAAGAUCUUUGUGGCGCCUUUCAUAGAGGCUAACAAACCUCAAGUUGUUCGAUGUCAGGCAGUCUGGCCGGGCGGCUCUCCCUCGGCCUUUUUUAACCAAUCGGAUGCACACGGUAAAGGAACAAAUGUUGAGAAUGACCCUGGCGUGACAAUUGACCUAGGAACUGGAAGGACUGUGAGGCUUGAGUCAGGGAGGAAUUACACGAUGCAGUCAUACGCGAGGAAGCUGCAGCCGGGUUAUACAAUUCGAUGUAAUGCAACAAAUCAUCCUGAACUAAACUAUGCAAUCGUGACCAAAGCCAUAGCGGCCGUUAAGGAUGUAACACUGCAGAGCAAUUGUGAAAGAGAGGUGACAUUAGACAGCAGUUGCUCCUUUGAAGGGCAAUACAAAGAAGGCGAUCUCGUGUCGUGUAACUGGCUCAUAAAUGACAGUAAAAACGCGACGCGUUAUUCCGAUUGCAGCGUUAGGCAUGAGUUCAAUUAUAAUGGAACCGUUUACAUAAUGGUAAAUAUCAGCAACCCUGUUUCAUGGAUGUCAGAAAAUAUAACUAUCAAUGUUACGAAAGAUUCCCAAACUGUGGCGCAGUCAUCAACAACGCUGCCUGCUCCAACGCCAACUUUCACAUCCUCAACUAUCUUCUCGACAACUGCCUCAAUUAACUUCUCUUCGUCUCUUCGUCAAACAAGUUUGCCAACACUCGUCUUUUCGUCAACUGGCUCGGCUUUGUUAAGCUCCAAUUCCAAUUCUGCGACUCCUACGACAAGCGUACUCCCGUCUAGCACAGUAAAUCUUCCUCAUAUGAAAAACUUUACGCUUCGUUGUCCGUUUGUGGCUCACGUUGGAGAGAAUGUAACACUCGAUAUUCUUCCCCGACCGGCUGAUUCCACUUCCAUCAAGUGGGUGAUUGAAGGCUCCAUGAACAUCACCUCGACUGUUCCACUUAUCCACGUGUUUAAAACGGCAGGGAUGAAGCUUGUGGAAGUCAACAUUACCCAGUUUGGACGGACUUCAAACCUUGAUUGUCUCGUGGCCGCACAGUUCCGCAUUCUAGGGAAAAUAACUAAAGCUGAGCUACUGCAAGAAAGAACGGUUCGCGUGAGGUUUGAACUCACUUAUGGAACAAAUGUGUCUUACACAAUUGUGUUCGGUGAUGAGAAAGGUUUCACAUCCGGGUUCCUUCCGCAAGCGGCGGACGUCAUGACGUCAUAUCAAUACCCUUCACGGGGACAGUACGUCAUCAGCCUCAACCUGACAAGCCUUGUCGGACCAAACGUUACACUCAGCAAGCCCCUAACAGUAGAAGAUGGUCCGUGUGCCAUUCAUGAGGUCACGCUACUCGGAACAACCACCGGUAUUACGCAUGCGCCGAUAGUUCCACCGCAGCUUGAAUACCUCGUGAGUUCAAAAAUUAACGCUAGCUGCUCGUCAGCAAACAAAGUGGAUUAUCGCUGGUCUUUUUUUCACGUUGAAGGUAAUUCUACAAUGAAAUCAAUGGAAUUACCGAAAGAUUUACAGGGUUCGAAAGAACUAACUCUUCCAAGGUAUUUUAUGACAUCGGGGCUUUAUAAAAUUGACCUUGAGGUAGUUGCCAGCCCACUCGGAAUAUCCGCCUCUGGCUCCGGAUUCCUUAAAGUUCGAGUGCCUGGUCUUGAAGCAAAAAUUGAUUGCGGUUCUUUUCGUAAGAUGUCGCGCAGAAAAGAAGUGCUUAUCAAUGCAGGUGAAUCAUAUGACCCGGGCUCACCCAGCAGUAGGACUGCUUCCUUCGACUUUGAAUGGUCCUGCAAAUAUGAUAAUGUCACUGAUUGUUCCAUAACAAACGUCACUAUGAAGAAAGCGAUUCUCGUUAUUCCAAAAGACAGUCUCAAAGCUGGUAAUUACACAUUCGUGGUGAAAGUCAGUCAAGGAUCGCGUGCUGCAACAGCUCAACAGAAGAUUGAGAUCGUCGAGGAGGAAUUGCCCUAUUUUUGCUUGAGAUGUGUCAACAACUGUGACAGCAAAACCCGACACGCGGCGCCACUCAUAUUCGCUUCCUCCAUCUGCAACGUGGCAAAUGUCACGUGCGUGUGGUCAUUACGUCACGGAUCGCCUGUGCAUCACGUGACACGGCGAGCUGUGCAAGAGAAUCUUGUGUCUGGGGAAUUCGUGGUGGACAAAAACAGUUUGAAUCCAGACACCGAUUAUAAUAUAGUUCUUGUUGUUACCGGAAAUGAAACAACGACCUUCGCUAUGUAUGGGAUUAAGACGGAUAACUUGCCUUCGGGAGGGACAUGUGAUGUCCUGCCUUCAGUGGGUAAAGUCAUCGAGACGAGCUUCCAGAUCACGUGCACUAGAUGGGCUGAUGAGGAUAGCCCUCUGUGGUAUGAAUUCUUCUUCGACCAUGCGCAGUCUGGGCCAAUGCUCCUUUCAUACGGCUGGCAAGAGCAGUCAUCGCUCCUCUACCUCCCCCCUGGGGAUCCGGCAAAUGAUUUCAAACUAGAUUUGCACGUGGAAAUCACAGAUGUUCUCGGAUCGAAAAGGAUUGUGGGCCUCACUGUAAAGGUUCUUGGGUUCACGGCGGAAGAUGGUCCCGUAUCUACACUUUUAAAAGGCUUUGUACAGGGGCCGUCGAGCAAGCUGGGAAAGAUCCUUGCGCGGGGUGAUGCUCAGCAGGGAGUCCAACUCAUGACGACAGUGGGCACAGUGUUAAACGCUGACGCGGCUAGUAGCUCGGGGACUGGAACUGGCAAAGAAGAUCGCCUGCAGGUGCGUGAUACGCUGACCCGAGAGCUUGCGGGCGCGUGUUGCUCAAGCUUUGUGGGGCUGCGUCAAGUUUUAGGGGGACUGGGAAGCAGUACCCGCGUGACAACAGAGCUGUCUGCAAACUCACAGCUUUAUGGCUCAAAAGGUUUUGAAACUAUGGCAACAACACUAGCAACAAAGUAUAAAGAAAGGCCGAUUAAAGACGAGGCUCAAGGUAUUAUGGAAGGUCUAUCCGAUGUUCUUGAGUCUGCAGGGAACAUGGUCAGCGGUUUAAAUGAGAAGAUGAGAAGCGGUGAAGUCAUUGAUUGGUUGGAUGACAGUAAUGCUGCAAGAAACACGGAAGCUCUUCAGAAGAGCGAAGCUGCUUCCCAAACAUGCGUUAAAGGAGUCGAGCAAACUGCGCGUGCGCUAACCACCCGUAAAAAGCCUGGGGACGAACAGAGCCGCUUGACUAGUGGGGGACUAGAGAUAGUCGUGGAAAGACGAGCAGCAGGAAAGGGACUGGCACUAGAGAGUCAGGGAGCCCAGUUCACGGUACCUGAAGAAGUGACAAUUGGGAAACUGUCUAGCCUGGAGUACGUGGACUUGCAGGUUAUCAGCAUGGAAAAAUCCCCGUUUCUCUCAGCUGAAAAUUCCAAGAUCAACAGUCACGUCUCAAGCCUUGCUUUCCGAGACCCAUCAGAUCAACCAAUCGCAAUCAAGAACCUCUCCGAGCCAAUAUCGAUCUACUUAAACAAUGGACAAAUCGAUAAACUCUCGUCACUUAACGGAGAAUUAACACUAAAUUCGCCAAAUAUGGUAGUGUACAAAGUCAAUUUUUCAAGUCCCAAGUCAGCUCUUUAUAUGGUGGCUAAUUUCAGUGGUUUGGAGAAUAGCAGCGCAUGCGCGGUGAUGUGGCGCUAUUCUAUGCAUCCCACAUUGGAUGCAUUUAAUUUGAGGUGGAACACUACACAACAGAACAGCUCAUUCUCAGUUCUUUUGGAUUCAGAGGUCAUUUACGAAAGUGGCGUAUACUACAUUGGAUUGUCAUGCUUCGAACGCAACGCGACACGUGAUGUGCGUAAUGCAUCACGUGAUAAGAACGUGGUGGCUAAUAGAGCUCACGUGAUGGAGAUGGCAAGUCACGUGGUUUAUAAUAUAUCCCUGCAAGUCGUGGGAUGUAUGUACUGGGAUGAGGUGCAGGAGAACUGGAGCACCAGAGGAUGUCGGGUUGGGCCGAACACCUCAAGUUCCCGGACUCACUGCCUGUGUAACCAUCUCACCUGGUUUGGCAGUAAGAUCUUCGUCCCUCCGAGCGCUAUUGACCUCAGUCUGAUCCGUGCGAACAUCCAAGACCCCGCCCAGUAUGCGGCGGUGGUGUCGGUCAUGUGCAUCAUCUGGGGGCUGUACGCUAUUGGUGUCGUCUGGGCAAGGCGACAGGACAAGAACGACGCUUUGAAGGUUGGCGUUCAUUUCAGCCCUAGCAAUAGGCCCGGUAGCCGGUACCUCUACGAGAUCGUAGUGUGUGUGGGUACCCGACGCCGGGCCGGUACUACGGCAAAUGUCGCCAUAAAGCUGUACGGUGAUCAGCAAGAUAGUCAGCCUUUCCUUUUGGACGACAGCAAUCGGAACAGCACACCAUUAUCUCGUGGAUCAAACAACUCAUUCAUCGUUACUACCUCAGAAGCACUCGGACAGCUCUCUUACAUACGAAUCUGGCACGAUAACACGGGCUCAAAUCCUGCUCUUUUCGUCAAGAAGGUCAUAGUGCGAGACCAUGUGACCGGUGAUACAUGGCAUUUCCUGUGCAACCGCUGGUUUGCUGUUGACGAGGGCGACGGAAUGAUUGACAGAGUUGUACCAAUGACGAGCCAAGAGGAGCUCAAACAUUUCAAGACUAUUUUCAUGGAUAAGACUAAGAAGGAUUUGACAGACUCGCACUUGUGGUUCUCAAUAGUGUGGCGCCCGCCUGAUAGUAAUUUCACGAGGGUAGAGCGAGUGUCGUGUUGUCUGUCGUUCCUGUUGUGUACGAUGAUGGCGAAUGCGAUGUGGUAUGAGGUCCCAACUGGAUCCAACACCCAGGUGGAUAUAGGACCCGUUCAGUUUUCCUGGGAACAAGUUUCUAUCGGGAUUAUGAGCAGCAUGGUCGUCUUCCCAAUUAACUUGGUCAUUGUGCAAAUCUUCCGUAACUGCAAGGCAAAAAAGAACAGGGGUAAAAGGUUACUGGGAAGUCCAAAAGGGGGAAAUAGAGUUUGUGUUACAAGCAAUAGCAAAAUCUUGCAUCAUGAAGAUAUAGACACACACAUAUCUCUUCCUAGUGACACAAGUCGAACAUCGUUUUGGUCUAACAAGAGAUCAAAGAAUCCGAAAAAGAUAAAGAGCUUACCAUGGUGGAUGACCUACAUUGGUUGGCUUUUGGUUACUUUAACAGUUCUUGCUUCAACAGUAGUAACCUUAAUGUACGGCAUCCAGUUCGGAAAGCAUACCUCAGAGAAGUGGCUUCUCUCUAUGUUUAUAUCAGUAACACAAGACAUCUUCAUCAGUCAACCACUAAAGGUGAUUCUUCUAGCGCUCUUUUUCGCGUACGUCCUCAAGAAACCACCCAGCGACCAAAAUAACAAUGCAAAUGAACUUGACUCGAAGGAGCUGCUACAACAGUGUAACAAGCGAGAUACUAAUGAGGUUAUAGAUGUUGAAGCACCUUCUGUUCCACUAGGCGCGUUGUCUAAUGAUGCACUGGAGAAAGCGCGAGAGAGAAACGAUAAGGAGCGUAAGAUGAGUGUCAUAUUAACAGACAUAGGGACGUACCUGACAUUUCUAUGGGUGCUUUUGGUGAUUGCUCACAGCAGGGUGGACUCGGCGGCGUAUUGGCAAAGUAGGUCUAUCAGCGAUGUGUUGAUGAAGACAACCUACGAAAGUCCCCCUGAGAGCGGCUUGACGAAAACUUUCCAAAAGAUUAGCAACGAUUCUGAAAUUUGGCUUUGGACAAAUCACGUACUGUUACCCGCCCUGUACAACUUGGAUUGGUAUUACUACACUAAAACAGCCCCAAAGCUGGUCCGAGGCGGUGCAGGACUUGUGGUUGGGUUUGCAAGAUGGAGGCAACUAAGAAAGAAGAAAGAUACUUGCCUCAUCACUGACGUAAUGCGUGGAGUCAUACACCAUUGUACUGAUCCCUAUUCCGUGUCUACCCAAGACGAGACAAACUACAAUUCAAGAUGGCGCCCGUUCAACACGAGCGACGUCCCGCCAUCUCCUGCCACCAUCUGGAGCUUCAACUCCGCCUCUAAACUGAACGGUUAUCCCUACUUUGGGGAGAUCAGAACAUACUCCGGCGGCGGCUACAUCGUCCCAUUCUCCUCUAUUUAUUACAAAGCAGUGAAGGAAAUCAAACACGCGAGGAAUAACUUCUGGAUUGAUCGCUACACGGCGGGGUUAUUUACCGAGUUCACGUUAUAUAACCCUUACAGCAAUUUGUUUACAGCGAGUACAGUCCUUGUUGAGGUUCUGCCAACAGGAGGAUUUCAUGUGAGGCCUGAGUUUUUUACAUUCAGGCUAUACAGCCUUGUUGGGGACUUUCAUAUCUUUACGCUUGUUUGUGACGUCGUGUUUCUGUUAUUUACCAGCUAUUUCACCUAUCGUGAACUGAAAAAACUGUACAAGGACAAAUGCUCUUAUUUCAGGGAUUAUUGGAACUGGGCAGAAAUUGUAAUAAUGGUCCUUGCUUGGAUCGCUGUUGCCGACUAUUUUAUUUGUCUUGGGAUUCGAAAAUGGACUUUAAAAUUACACCAAGAAAACCCGAAUGACUACACAAACUUCCAGUAUAUAUCUGCUUGGCAGAUGUCUUUCGAGAGUAUCCUUGGAAUUCUGGUAUUCAUCUCUACAAUCAAAUUCAUAAAACUUCUGCGCUUCAACAAAAAGAUGUUUCUACUGGCCUACACUUUGAGUCGGUCCGCAAAAGACCUGGCACACUACGGUAUAAUGUUCCUUAUAGUGUUUCUAUCAUUUGCACAAUUCUACUACCUUCUUCUCGGAAGCGACUAUGACUCCUUCAGUACCUUUGUAAAGUCUAUCGAGAAACUUAUCAACGUUCUUCUCGGAAGAUUCUCCUUUGAGGAGUUCCUUAAUCCUUUCCGUAUCAUGGGAGCAUUUGGAUUCUUCCUGUACAUGACUCUGACAAACUUUUUGUUACUGAACAUGUUUAUAGCUAUCAUCGUGGAGUCGUUUACGGAAGUGAAACUUUCCCCUGAGCUGGCUAGAAAUGAAUUUGAAAUAAUGGAAUUUACUGUUGAGCGUGUCAGAGAAGUUCUUGGAAUUCGAAGAUUGUACAAAGUCUUGGACAAUGCGCGAGAGAGUUCUCCUACAGUGAUUGAAUCAAAUGAUGCUAGGGAAAAUAAUUUGCAGGGCCCGGUCAAUGUGAAGCAACGUCACGCACUUGAUAAGCUGUCACGUUGCCUUGACAACCUGGGUUACUGUAUAAACACAAUAAGGGAAUCCGAAGAGAGUGAAUCCGCACUUUUAAGAAAGGUUUCCGAGAAACUAUGUCAACAGGUCAAAGAGAACUAGAAGAACUAGGAAGCACUAAGGCUACUACUGAUAUUUGCUCUCUUGUUUGUCACUGUAUUUGAAACUUUCAGGGCCGAAACAGGCCUCGAAAUAAGAGAAACAUUAAGAAAAUAUUGGGGGGCACAGCCCUGCCCUUAUUGGUCAUUUCCUUAUAAAUUUUGAAAAUUGGGGGGCACGUGCCCCCAGUGCCCCACCCUCUGCUACGGCCCUGUCUUUUGUAGUUACGGUGUGCUAGUUCCUGGGUUGACUGGGAUACCUGAGAUCUGCAAUUUGUUUGGACCCUGUGUUGUGACAUGUAUGACAAAGAUGCUACUGCCCACCACCUUUGGAUAUAAAAAGUAUAUGUAUAAUCUCAGGGGGUGGCCCAGAGGGCCCGGGGCUCACUGCCCUCAAUGUGCUAUCACUCAGUGGUAAAUUUAUUUUAACACCCAAAGUGAGCCAUAUUAUUUUAACAAUAUAAUUUAGAUAACAUUUAUUAUCUCAUUUAUGUAAGUGCAAAGUAAACAACAAUAUAUAUGUAUGCUAUCAAUUGUUUAAACAUUUUUAAUUUGAAGUAAAUGAGAGGGCUAUAGAAUAUCCAGACUUGAAAUUAUAGCAAAAACAUAUUCUUAACAGCACUAGAAAGACAACACAAUACUCUAUAUUUCAUUGAAAAUGUUCCAUAAAAUGAUAAUGACAUUUAAUGAAGGAUAAAGAUAUUUAGGAAGAAAACAAAAAUUAUCUAAAGGAAGGACCAAAAUUCCAAGAAAUAAGCACCAAAAUACCAAAAUAAUGUUCAUAGUUUAACAUAUCUUUUACUACACAUGACUACUGACAUCUGGCCUUCAACUGCACAAAUAACAUGGAUCUGAGAGCUGGAAUCUCAAAAUCAAAGAUAAGAAGGGAUCGACAAUGGCGCAAAGGUUCUUGGGUCAUUGCGCAACUUUGGUCAUAUCGCGAACAGAAAAAAAAACAGUUGCAUUUGAACAAACAGUAAAAAACAGUUGCACUGAGCUACCACAGGUAUCCCAGUAACUAUUUAUUUUCGUAGGGAUUCUCGGUAUACAUAAACUAUAUCCUUGGGUUUAAUUGUAUCGCCAUAUAUAUUGAAUAAUUUCGGAAAUCAUUGCAUAUCUUCAAAAAAUAUAAACGUCAAUAAAUAGUGGAAAUUUAACAUAAAAA